AUGGUGAUUCAAACUGAGAAGCCAUCAUUGCCUUCGAAUGUUCUUCUCCUUGCUUCCAAUCUCAAGUCCUUGGUUACAGUCAAACUCGAACCUUCAAAUUAUUCGAUAUGGAGAAGCCAAAUUCAGAAUUUCUUUGAAGCAACUAAGUUGUUUGGUUUUCUUGUUGUAUCUACACAUUGCAAAGAUGUUUGGUCUGCUCUUGAGAAAAGAUUCACAUCACUCUCUCACUCUCAUAUUUAUCAGAUCAAGAAUCGAUUGAGCACUAUUUCAAAGAAAUCCAAAUCUAUGGAAACCUAUCUUGAAGAAAUCAAAGAUCUUGUUGAACAACUUUCUCUGGAAUCUUCUCCAAUCUAUAAUGAAGAUUUAGUUCUUCUCGUGCUCAAUGGCUUACCGGAGGGAUACAGUGCCUUUAAAACCACCAUUCGAGCCAAAUCAGAGUCCUCUUCAACUCCAUGGUAUGUUGAUUCUGCUACCACUUCUUAUCUUACAAAUGAUCUGAGCAAUGUUCAUCUUUAUCAACCCUACCAAGGGCAAGAUCAAGUAAUGAUUGGUGAUGGAAAUACUCUUCCAAUCCUUAACUCUGGCACUAGUGUAUUGUCCUCUCUUUCUUUUCAAUUUAGGCUUAACAAACUUCUUCAUGUACCACAAAUAUCACCAAAUUUGUUGUAUGUUCAUCAACUUACUACUGAUAAUAAAUGUAGCAUUACUUUUAACAAUGAGUCCUUGGUGAUUCAAGACAAGCUCACCAACAAGGUGCUAUGUAGAGGACAUCAUCAAAAUGACCUUUACCACUUUCCUUAUUCAUUUUCUUCUAAAUCUUUUUCUGGUACUAGUUCUCUUGCUUCUGUUUGGCAUAAGAGACUUGGCCAUCCUUCUUCUGAUGUGUCUCAUUCCAUUGCAAAUAAAAGUGUUUCUUCUCAUAUUUCUUUAUCAUCCUCUCAUCCACCUGAUCAUUCUGGUUCUGAUUCAGCUACUGAUUCCACUUCUCCUUUAGCUUCUGCUUCCACUCAUGUCUCAGAUGAUCCUAGUUUUAUCUCCUGUCCUUUAUCUUUUUCUCCACCUGGCAUUAAUCUUACUAUUCCUAUUCUUCUUUUUUCUUAUUAUCAAACUCUCAAUUCUCAUCCUAUGCUCACUCAAAGUAUGACAGCAGCCUCUUCCAAAGUUGGUCUAAUUGUUUCUUUUCUUGACAUUGAGCCUAGAAACUAUAAAGAUGCCAUGCAUUGUCCUCAUUGGCAUCAAUCUAUGCUUGAAGAAUUUCAGGUUCUUCAAGCUCAGAAGACUUGGUCACUUAUUUCUUCUCCUGCUCAUCAAAAUCUUUUAGGAUGUAAAUGGUCUUUAGAAUAA